UCUCCCUGUUUUGGAAUGGUUAAUAAUGAUAGUAAUAGUAAUACAUUAGUUACUAAGGCAUAACAUAAUACUAUGAGCUCCCUUAAUUUAGAUGCAAUCUAUCAAGCUAAACGUUUAUUCAAUGAUAAUAUCUCUUUUAUAUAUCAUAGUAAUAAUUAUUCUGAUUUAAAAUUAAAUGAAUUACUGAAUAGAAAUUUGACAUUAUUUUGGAAAACUAUGCAUCAAUGUUUAGAUUUAAAUGAUCUCAUACAACAACAAUUGAUUUUAUUAAAUCAUUCUAUCGCCAUAGCAACUAUCAAUCAAACUAGUAAACUAUAUACAUCAACACAAUUACAAUCUUUAUAUACAUGGUGUAAUUUAGGUAGAUCAACAUGGUUUACAAAUGUAUUUACAUUAAUGCAUUAUAAUUCAUGGCAAGAGAAAGUAUCCAUUGAAUUACAAAAAUAUUUAUUACCUAUAUUAUUAUUCAUGAAUUGUUUAAGUCUUCUAAUAUCUAUAACAGGUAUUUAUCAUCUAUGUAAAUUAUCAAAUAAAUCUAAUCAAAAGAUCAUGAUCUUAAUGAGAUGUCAAUCUAUUAUAGAAAAUUAUCUCCCAGCAACAUGGCCAUUAUUAUUAUGGUAUUGUAUUAUUGGUUUAUUAUGGUUAUUAUUAAUAUUUGGUUUAAAUAUGAUGAUGACAUCACAAUAUUUCAAUAUACAUAUUAGUAUCCAUAGUCAUGAUAAUUAUUGUCGUAUAUUAACUUAUUUAAAAAAUAUAUUAAGAUAUAUACCAACAUGGUUAAUAAGUUUAAUGUUAUGUGAUCGAGCUAUUGGUGAAUAUCGUCAUCGAAAUCAUAUUUAUACAAUGACCAUAUUAUAUCAUCAUCAUCAUCAUCAUAAUCAUUAUGAUAAUGAUGAAUUAAUAAUCAAUCAAAAUCAAUUCAAUCAAUUAACUAAUCAAUAUUGUAAUCAAUGUACUCUUAAUCAAUCAAUCAAAAAUCAAUUAAUCAUCCCUAAAAUAAUCUAUAAUAAUAAUAAUAAUAAUAAUAAUGAUGUAACAUCAUAUGAUAUCAAUGAUCCUGAUCAAUAUCAUUCAUCAUCAAAAAGAUCUUGUUUUCAUUCAUUUCUAUUAUAUUUGAAAAAGAAAUUUUAUUUUGAUUGUAUUCUAUAUGGAUUAAAACAAACAUCUAAUAAACAAUGUCAAACAUUGAAUAGAAACAAUGACUAUGUGACAUCAUUCAAAGAAUGUAGUAAUACUACUAAUAAUCAUGAUUAUGAAAUAUUAUUAAAUGAUUUAUGUCAUUGGAAUGAAUGCGGUUUAAGUCGAAUAGGUGGUUUAGUAUUAUUCAGUAUUAUUACAUCAUUAUUAUGUUUAAUGAAUACACAUUUAUUAUGGUUAUAUAAAAUUAGUAAAAUAACAAAACGUUGUGUAUUAUCUGCUGGUGAUGCUAUAAUCUUAUCUGUUUUCUAUCCAUAUUUAUUAAAGGUUUGUCAUUCAAUAUUACCUUAUAUGUUCAUAAUCAGUUCAAUUGUAUUACUUAGUUUUAUAGCUAUACAUAAAUCACGUAUACAUCAUGUAAAUCCUUGUUCGAAUCCUGAUAACAUUCAUAGAAACUGGAAAAUAGAACAAUCAAUUAUUCCAUUAAAAUCAUCAAUUCAUCAUUCCAAUUAUCAACAAACUUUAUUUACUGAACCAACACAAUUAACAAUUUGUUUAAGUCUUAUGUAUAUUCUAUUUGAUUUAGCUGAUCUUAUUGAAUGGUUCAAUGGUAAUAUUAUAAUACCAAAUUAUAUUCAUUCAUUUAAACAACAUUUCAAUACAAAUUUCAAUGAAAAUUAUAAUAUUAAAACAAAUCAUUCAGGCUUAUUACCACUACUUACAAAUACAUUAAAUAGUAGUAUGUUAUUAACAAAAUCUAUGAAUCAACUAUGUUCUAUUCAAUUUAUAUCUGGCUUAUUAAGAAUAUGGUCUAGUCAAAGAUUCCUAUUCAUAUUACCAAUGUUAUUAUAUCAAUCAUUGAAAUAUCGACAUUUAAUCAAAUACUAUUUCACUUAUUAUUUUCAUACAUUGAAAAUCUUACAUUGGUGUAAAUUUAGUUAUAGUUCAUCAAUCUAUAUAAAACAAACAUUGAAUACAUCAGUGGAUGAUAUUAUUCAAACUGAAUUGAAUGAAAUGAAAACUACUGAUGAAGAAAUAAGUAGUGAACAUCAUCAAUAUCAACGUCAACAACAACAGCGACAACGACGACAACAACAACAACAACAGCAGACUAUAAUGAAAGCUGAAUAUCAAGAUGAGUAUCAAAGAAUUCCUAGUCUUUAUUGUUGUUCAUGUAUUAAUCAAAGUAUUCUAUCAAAAUGA